UGAGAGCAUUCUCUCUGAGCAAAGGAAGCAGGGGAGUGGAAGGGCUACCAAGGAGCAGGGAUGCGGAACAGAACAGGUCUAGUCCUAUGUGCCCUUGCCCUCCUGACGGGCUUCCUGAUGAUCUGCCUGGGAGCCUUCUUCAUUUCCUCAGCCUCGAUAUUCAACUGUCGAGGGAAACUGAUCCUGGCCUAUACGCUUCUGCCACUGGGGUUUGUGAUCCUUCUAAGUGGAAUUUUCUGGAGCACCUACCGCCAGGCAAGGGAAAGCAAAGGGGUGUUCACCCAAGUGCUCAGACAACACCUUGCCCACAGGGCACUGCCCCUGGCCACCGUCGACAGGCCAGAUUUCUACCCUCCUGCGUAUGAAGAGAGUCUUGAUGCCGAGAAGCAACCCUGUCCAGCAGAGGGCGAGGCCUCGGAUGUUCCUCCACCCGUGUACACGGAGGUGGACCUCGAAUCUGAACAUGCACCUGACAUCCACCCAGAGGCCCCACCUUCCUACGAGGAGUCCGUGGCCACUAGGGUGGAGACAGCCACGCCAUUCGGAGGAUGCUGAGGAUGCUGAAGCAGGCGACACACUCUAGUGCUUGGGAUGCACGCACAUGGGAUACAGCUGCUGGUAAUAAAUGCGGUACCAGACCACGGGAGGGACCCCCAGAAGGCUUGCCGAGAAGACGCAGGAAAUGAAAGCAUUACAGUUCCAUAGACGUGCUUUGGUCUGCAAGGGCAGCGUGGCAUCCUGGAAGGUGUGGUGGACAGAAGGCAACGUUUCAAAGGAUUCACACUAAUCCCAGCCCAGUGGGCUUUUGAACUGCCUUCGGAGGUGUGCCCCAAGAGGCUUUUAGCUCUCACUCAACCCCCUCCAGAGCCUCAGUCCGUAACAAGGAGAACAGCAGCUGCUCAUGGACAGCCAUGAUGUCAGGUACCACAUUACCCAACAAUCGCAAGAGGAAAGUGUGCUGGAGAUGGAGGGUCAUUGUCCCAUUUAACUUGCAGGUGUCGCUGGCUGGCUUCGUAGCUCUCCCCAUUCACCGUAUUACCAGGGUGACACUGUAGGAACUCACCUUGCGGGAGAUGUGCUCUUGGAAGCCAUGACUGUUGCUAUGUAUUACUUCCUUUUCAUGGUGUGUAUUUUGUUUCUAUGUGAAAACCAACUAUACUAUUUGCUUUCAAAAUGGCUGUACUACAGAGUUUUAGGUGAAAAUCUUAAAAACGAGAAGGUUGUAUAACCAGAAAGGACAAGGUUUCUGAGACACUCAAGUUGAACAGACAGAAUACUUAGAAACUCAUAAGACACAGAAUUUAGGGGAAGAAACUGUAUUAGCCAUAGGUUGCAUGAAUACAGAUUUGAUGUAAAUCUUGAAAAGCAUUAAAAUAGACAUGUAUAUUUCAACCAAUCCUCCUGUAAAUCUCUAGAAUUUGAAAGAAAGGGGACUAUGUUGCAAUACUUUGAUUCUUCACAGAAAGUUCUUUGUGUCUCAAGAUAUAGAUCCAUGUACUUUUAGACUUGGGACAUUUAUUUUAAAACUCACUGAUUCCUCCUCAGCUUUGUUAUAUUUUAUUAUAUGUUUUAAUAUGAGGACAAGUUGGGUGGCAGGGUGGAGGGAAGAGAUGCAGGUUGAUGCUUUAGUGCUUGGACAAAAUUCUUCAUCCCUCUGGGCCUCAGUUGCUUCCUCAAUCAAGUGAGAAAUUGAUGCUGGGAUUAAUAUCUAACAAUUACAGAAUGUCUUUUAUAAGAUGGGCUCUGUGCCAUGAACUUUUUGUGCUUUUGAUUCAGCCCUCAUUAUACCCUUCAGAAAAAGGUGCAAUGGUUAUUCCCAUUUUACAGAUGCAUAAACUGAGACCUUGAGACAUUAAGAAACUUUCCAGGUAACAUACAGUUGUUUCCAGUAGGGUGAAGCAGGGUCCACCGAGGGGCGUGAGAGGAUGUAUUCACUUCAGACAGGUGUGCAGGUUAACCCUGUCUUACUUCCCCCCUCUCACGGGGCAGUCUGGACUUCGUCCUUCUUCAGAAAGUGGGCCCUAACAGAAAUGGAGCCCCACGGCAGGGGCAAUACCUUCCAGCCCUCCAGCAAGCAGCCAAGCUCGCUUUAGUGCUCACUUUUUGUUUAAUGUAUAAAAUUUAAAGUUUUUUUCAUUGUCAUUGACAUACAAUAAAGUUCGCUUUUAAAAUGUAAAUAAGCCCCCCAUAUUUUCUGCCUAGGAGCUUAGCCCUCACCUCCUGGUGUCGUUUUCUUCCCUCUCUGAUCAUCCCAUCGAUGACAAGAGAUGGCGUGGAUAGAGGUGGGAAGGAUGGAGGUCGUUCAAGGAGGAAGAGGGUUGUAGAGAUGGAAUGAGGUCUCCAUGGCCUCCUCUUCCCCAUUUUUGCUGAGUACACCGAUUAAGUGCAUCCUGACAAAUACACGGGAAGCCACAUAAAAGGAAAUCCUGGUCCCGUUACAUGAAACAUGAAUUAGGCAUCCGUAAUUUGAAUCCUUGACAUGAAGGCAUAAGUGGAUAUGAAGCUCACCCACGGUUGUCCAAUAGGAGGGUGAUCACUUAUCUGUAACGCAAUUUAUUAUUUCUCUCUUGUCACCUCUUUCCAUCAGUCUACUGAGAUUGUUCUCCUGAAAUGUUCUCUGGGGUCUGAGCACAUCCACUGACCUGAACAAAGUCUGUCACUGGGCUUUCUUCCAGAGUUUGCAUUCGAAGCGGAUAGUUAUUUCAACUUCUGAUAGUCACAUGAAACAUGCUAAUUUGGGUUUACAUAAGAGAACUGUUUUGAUCUCUUUAGUGCAAUAAAUUUUGUACUUAAACUUU